UGGAGGAACCUGAGGCGCGGGGCCGGAGCCGCCAGGAGUCCGGACGGCGGCGGGCCCGAGGACAGGCGUGCCCAGAGUGGUCGCGCGUGCGUCGGCCGCCGCCCCUCGGCCUUUCUCUUCGCCGGUCCCCUCCCUCUCCGCCGGGACGCGGGAGAGCCCGGCGCGCGGCGGGGGCGCGAGGUGGAGCCGGCGGGGGCGGCCAAUGCGAAACUGGCUGGUGCUGCUGUGCCCGUGUGUGCUCGGGGCCGCGCUGCACCUCUGGCUGCGGCUGCGCUCCCCGCCGUCCGCCCGCGCCUCCGGGGCCGGCCCCGCAGAUCAAUUGGCCUUAUUUCCUCCGUGGAAAUCUAGUCACUAUGAUGUCGUAGUUGGUGUGUUGUCAGCUCGCCAUAACCAUGAACUUCGAAAUGUGAUAAGAAGCACCUGGCUGAAGCAUCUAAUGCAACAUCCAUCGUUAAGGCAACGUGUGCUUGUCAAGUUCAUAAUAGGUGCUCGUGGCUGCGAGGUGCCCGUGGAAGACAGGGAAGACCCUUACUCCUGCCGACUGCUCAACAUCACGAAUCCAGUUUUGAACCAGGAAAUCGAGGCAUUCAGUCUUUCUGAGGACACCUCAUCAGGAAUUUCUGAGGACCAGGUUGUCAGCGUGACCUUCCGAGUCCUCUACCCGAUUGUUAUUACCAGUCUUGGGGUGUUUUAUGACGCCAGCGAUGUGGGUUUCCAGAGGAACAUCACUGUCAAGCUUUAUCAGGCAGAACAAGAGGAGGCCCUCUUCGUGGCCCGUUUUAGUCCUCCGAGCUGUGGUGUGCAGGUGAACAAGCUGUGGUACAAGCCUGUGGAGCAGUUCAUCUUGCCCGAGAGCUUUGAAGGUACAAUCGUGUGGGAGAGCCAAGACCUCCAGGGCCUCGUGUCAAGAAAUCUGCACAAAGUGACAGUAAAUGAUGGCGGGGGAGUUCUCAGAGUCAUGACGGCUGGGGAGGGCGCCUUGCCUCACGGAUUCAUGGAAGGUGUGGAGGGAGUCGCAGGUGGUUUUAUUUACACUAUUCAGGAAGGUGAUGCUCUCUUACAAAACCUUCAUUCUCGCCCUCGAAGACUCCUUGACCAUAUGAGUAAUCUCCACAGGGAAGAUGCCUUACUGAGGGAGGAAAGCAGCGUCUACGACGAUAUCGUUUUUGUGGACGUUGUUGACACUUACCGAAACGUUCCUGCAAAAUUACUGAACUUCUAUAGAUGGACUGUGGAAACAACCAGCUUUGAUUUGUUGCUAAAAACAGACGACGACUGUUACAUAGACUUAGAAGCUGUGUUUAAUAGAAUUGCCCACAAGAAUCUGGACGGGCCUAAUUUUUGGUGGGGAAAUUUCAGACUGAACUGGGCAGUUGACCGAACCGGCAAGUGGCAGGAGCUGGAAUACCCCAGCCCCGCCUACCCGGCCUUCGCCUGCGGCUCGGGGUACGUGAUCUCCGGGGACAUCGUCCACUGGCUGGCCAGCAAUGCGGGCAGACUGAAGACCUAUCAGGGUGAAGACGUGAGCAUGGGCAUCUGGAUGGCUGCCAUAGGGCCCGCACGGUACCAGGACGGCCUGUGGCUGUGUGAGAAGACGUGCGAGACGGGAAUGUUGUCCUCACCCCAGUACUCCCCGCAGGAACUGACCCAGCUGUGGAGGCUGAAGGAAGCGUGUGGAGACCCCUGUCAGUGCGAAGCGGCCGGAGGAGGGUCGUAACUCGCGGUGUGUGAGGCUGAGGGUGUGUGCAAGCGAGAGUCUGAGGAGAGCCUACGGUUGGGCUGUCGAUUCCAUGUGUCUUUCGGGAUUGUUCUAGGUUGGCACUUUUUACCUGUAACCAAUGUGAUAUUUCUAGACGUGUGCACAAAAUUUCCUUUUUAAAAACCGACUGCUACUGUAGCAUAAGAAAAAUUUUAUUUCUGUAUUGGAAGAACAUUUGAGAAAUACCAAAUUGUUUUAUAAAACAAAAAAGUUUCUAAAA